GUUAAAACAAAUCAUGCAUCGCAAAUGACAAGGCCCGAGAGAAUGGGAUUCCUGCAUUGAUAGCGGAUGUUUUUUUUCAAGCACGCUGCCUUUCGCAUUUUCGCAAAAAGAACUGCAGGCGAGACGUGGAGACGACCAGCAGCUGUGUAGUUAACGUCUUCCAUGCGUAAGUUGACGAUAUUGAUCAAACUUAUAGACAACAUAAGCUGAUUGAUUGCUGAUUGCUUCUUCAAACUGAUUUUAAGAUGAUGAAAAGAUGUGCGUGGCUUUGACAAUUCCUCGCCACUGAUUGUCUCCAUUUUUAAACUGUGCUGCUACAGCAAUGAUGUCCACCCAUUUGGCUGCUGUAUUCUGGAUUUUAUUUCUGAUUUCUGAUUCGUUUAAAGGUAAACUGGCACAUGGCGCAACGUACAAGACAGUGCUUCAUGGACCUCGACUGCAUUUCAGCGGAACCUUCAUCUCUGACGUCGCAACAGUAAACAACCAAAUUGUCAACUACGAUACAGAAUCUUUUUUGCCCCAUCAUUCGCUGAGCAAGUUUGAGGGGGGCAAUGGGGGUUAUAACCCAUUGGGCACAAAUUAUUUCAUGCUAAAAGACGUUUUUGUUAAGAAAGUUUGCUACGAAAACAGUAGAUGUACCAGUGAAAAAGCGAAAGAUGCAGUGAUCGGGCUUCCUUUGCAAGAUGGAGGCCUGUCGUCAGGGGCCAAAAUGGUUGAUAUUGAUCCACUGGACUUAAGAUGGACAGAGAUAUGGGCACUUAAAAUCAAGAUUCCCAAAUUUUUUGAAACUGAUUCCGCAGUGUUGACUCUGCGAAACUUAUGGGAAAGACAAAUCAACGGAAACCAUACGGAUCAUGUCUUUUCGGGCCUGUUUCAUGGUGUUCUGAAGAAUGUAGAAUUUCUAGGUAGCACAGAACGUUCCAGUUUUCUCAAGCAGUUGAAGUGGGUGGUGCAAGAAUCAAAAAAUAAACUUCUAUCAAUAAGGUUCAUUUUGGAUUUGUUUGAUGAAAAAAGCUUAGGAGGUAGAAUCUAUGGCACGAUCGGCUGUCAAGGGGAUGAUUCUUCUACAUCUAGUCUGAGUGGACGAGCUUUGUUGCCAAGGAAGUCACUGUAUUCAGAGGCAGUCUUCACGCUUGAUCAUGCUAAUGACGUCAUCGUAUUAGAUCUUGGAAACAGUCUUCCUACUGGCUUAGAUGGAAACACGUUAAAGGAAGCGGGUGUCUCAUACUACGUGGCUUAUGCACAUCAAAGUAAUUACACUUGCAAAAAUGCAGCGAGCAGCAUCAAAGAAGAUUUCGAGUUGCUUGGAGAAUUGCCGGUCACUGAUAAAAAUUGGCUAACGCAUGAUGCUGGGUUUGUUUCAAUUGGUAUUCCGCGUGGCAAAACAGAACUGUUGAUGCGAAGACAAUUCUUUAUCUUGAAGGUGAAAUGGGACGGCUCAAAAUUAACCUGUGAUGAUAUUGUGCUGAUGGAAAGAUGUGACGGGAUUCAAUUGACACCAAAAGCGAAUUUUGUUUAUAGAAAAGAAUCCGGGGAUCAUUUGAGCAUCGAAUUGAUUGCAUCGUCAUUUGGUGAACGUCAGUCCGGAAUUCCCAUUGAACUUUCACUUGAAGCACCAAAGGAUACAUCAGUCUUUAGCUGUUGUACACCUAAGUUUGUUUUGCCAGUAGAACUGACAUCUGGGCCCGGAGGCAUUGCAUUGGCAACGGUAAAGCUUCCCGUUCUUAAUGCCCCAAGGAAAAUCGCUGAUGGCCAGCUUUAUCGUGUUCUCUUUUCAGCAAGAAAUAAUUGCAGUGAAACACAACAAGGAACACAGCACAUCACUGAAACCGGUAGUUUUUCGAACACAUUAAUCUUAAAGGUAUUUGAUCACGUUGAACACCCCUUGAUGAUCACGUGGGUGGAUCACGUGUAUCCAAUUUUCAAGCAAUAUGCAAACUUAUAUCCAGUUAUGAAAAGCUCGACUUUUGACAUGAGUAAUUUCUAUUCCGUGGUCAGAUUUAAGAACAUGAUUCGAACAUCGCUUAGCCUCCCAACGAACCAUAGUAAUUACAUGCCAGUGUCACGUGACCUGUCACCCAGGAAACGAAGGAUGGUAAUUGAUUGGCUUUCACAAGACCGACCAAAAGUUGGUAGGAUAGAAAAUUUGAUCAGUAUUCAGAGACUACGCAUGCUGCUUCAGAAUGCAGUAGAAUUAGAGCAUGCGACCAUACCGCCGUAUCUUACUGCCUUAUGGUCAAUCAGAGAUGGAUACAAUCGCCAGGUUUAUAGAAUUAUUAAAGUGAUUAUACGACAGGAAAUGCUUCAUAUGGCACUCGCAGCUAAUGUACUAAACGCUGUCGGUGGACACCCGUCUCUUAAUCAUUCAACUUUCAUUCCUCAGUAUCCUUCGAACCUUCCAGGGGGGGUUGAGCCAGAUUUAAUAGUUCCACUUGAAAAACUUUCGCCAGAACUUAUAAAGAAUGUUUUCAUGCGAAUAGAAAAGCCAGAUACAAAUUUAGAUAACCAAAGAUUUCGCAGCAAAAUUUUUGAUCACAUGAAACUGCUAUUUCUUCACAAAAAUUGUAGAAACAAUGUAAAAACUAAUUGCAAGGAGAAUAUCGAGGCCAAAUUGAAGCGGGCCAGUAUCAGCUGUUCAAAGGAAGUGAGAGCAUAUCUAAAGAGAAUGAAGGUUACUGUUUUGAAAGACAUGGAAAAUCGAAACGAUUACGAUGCUGAUCCAAAAGAUUUUAUAAGAUUCAGAGAUAGCAUAGCAUCUUUUUAUACACAUAUCUUGUUUGUCUUUGCUUAUUUGACGGAUUGUGGAAAAAAUGAUUCGAUAUUUACUGGGAAUGCAAGCUUGCAGCUCACUACAGAUGGUUUUCGGUAUGGAAACGGAAAACUGACGAAAGUGAACGAUUAUGCGACAGCCAUCUAUGCAAUAAAAACAGUCAUAGAAGAAGGAGAGGGAACAUCGGGGUGCGACCCUUCAGUACAUUAUUUUGAUGCAGGAGAUGACUUCUCUCACUAUUCCAUGUUUCACACCAUCAUUAAGAAACGCAGAGUCUCCAUUAAACAUCGCAACAGCAAGCUGUGGAGGAAAUAUUCAAAUUCGUCCGAUUAUGAAUGCCAAGAUACUUCGUAUGACUUUUCGGGUCCACGUUUACGAUACAUACCAGGAGCGAGUUGGCCCAUCAUCUCAAAUGCAAGACAAGAGGACCUCAGUAAAGGCAACCUUCCAUGGGUACAGGGUCACGUGUUUGCACGGCUCUAUAAUAAAUUACUCGGCGCUUUACACAGAUCGUUCAAUGGCGAGAGAGAGUAUUUCAAGAACGCAAAAUUUUUAAUGUAUUCAGUUGAUUAUUAUGGAAGACGUCUUGUCCAAACUCCCAUGGACAGCAGACGGAGUCAAUAUGUAGGCCCUAAUGCUGCUCCCGUGUUUAGAUGGACAAGGAAUGACAACGCCAGUGGAAAGAGUGUCCGAAGUGGACGGUUGGAACCGGUCAAAAUGAAUGCUAAACUUCGGAAAAUGCAUGUCAGCUUGAAAGGAAAGGUUCAAUUGAAGCAUAAUGUAAUGAAAUAUAGAAUGCGACAAAAGCAUACCAAAUACAGAAAAAGAAUUAAAAGCAAUUUAAAGAUGGAUCGAAGGACUAAGACCAAACACACAAGCCUAGAAUAUGGAAAUUUGAUCACACUUAAGGAUGGCCCUGACUUAGUUGAUAUAAUUGAAAAUAGUGAAGACUUAAUUUACAAAUUGUCAUAUGGAGAUAGCAGUGUUGUGAAGGAUCCUGUUUUGCUUGACAUGGACGACAACAAUGGCUAUGAAAAGAAUUAUGAUAACGCUGAUCACGAUUUUGAAGAAAAUAAUGAAGAUGUUGACAUAUACGAGAUGAAGAAAAAAUGACAAAGCUGACUUUCUUUCUCAAUUUGAUUUAGCUGUUUUUAUAAGAGACAUUUAUGAUAUAGAUUUAUGAUCUGUGUGACAAUUGUCUUCAAAAUUUGAUACAAAAUGAAUUAUCUAAAGAGGGAA